CUGGAAGAUGGAACCGCAACAGUGGCAUCGCCCUCGGAACGCGACGAAGAGGUUUAGGCCUUGUGAUUCAACACUCAAAUUGUUGGUGGGGGGCGGGGUUUCACCAGAGGGAACGCGGCGAGGACGGGUGAUGAUUGGCAUUCCAGGGUGGAAGGGCAAAUUCGGGAGCUGCUGCAGUGAAAAACACGAAUACCAGAUCAAACCUGUAGUUCCCAAGACUUCCAUUAAUUCGCCUGGAGCAAAAAGCCUCCGAAAAGGUCAACCUUGCCAAAAGCAAAUUCGUCUAAUUUGCUCCGCUCAACGACCUUCUCCGCGUUGCCAACUGCAGGUGAUAUCGCACCACCACCGUCGGAAAACGACGAACAGAAUUGUUGGUGGAAAGAUGGCUCAAAACUAGUAGUUCGAUCACACGGGACAUGGUUUGUUGUUGGAAGCUUAUCUCUCUCUCUCUCUCGCCAGUUCUGGCACCCUCGUUAGUUGGUGGUGACUAGCAGACAGCAUCGACGAUUUUCAUGUCUCCUGAUGUACAAUCGAAGGACAGACAUUCACGAAAGGCUGACAUGGCUGAACUUCUUUCUAAGGCUAGGGGACGGCCAGAGAUGCCUGCGACUGUACGCCUUUGGAGAAGCCAACGAAUCGAUCUUGGGAAUCCAGAGCAGUGGAGCUCGAAAGUUGCCCCGCCACCGACAGACGUAAUCAGUGCCGAACAUUCUGUUCUUGCAGGAACCCUAAAUCCUUUGCGGGGUUCUCCGCCCUAGGGCUUCUGAUCAGGUUGCUACUGAUGCAGUGCGGGUUUCGAAGAGAACCGGAACAUAUGGAGGACAGUGGACUCUGGUUCAAUCAUUCGAGCACGCAAUGACUAAGCCUCGUCUUUUGUGUACCAGUGCACGUAGCGGCGGAUCCACAUGCACACAUCACACAUCCAAUUCUUAGAAAGGAGAUCUGUAUGAGCUGUGCCGGGUAACGAGAACGGGAUAGUUCUGCUGCUCCUAGAAAGGAGAAACACAUAAUAAGACGGAAGAUAGAAAGACGACGCUAUAACAGACCAAGCAAGAACAGACCUCCGUAAAACAAACGAAGUUUUAUGGAGGAGUCGAGGAAGUAAGAAAGAUUUUGCGAAAAAGGCCAGUAGACCACGUAGAAAUCGUACAGAGUAGAAUCAAAAAGAGGGUGGGAAGACCACUUGAAGUCAAAUACAAAAAAACGGGUAAGAUGGGCUAGGCUUCAAUGGCAUGACGAUUGGAAAUGUGUCCUAUACAAAUGCACGUAACAUCAGAUACAGCCUGUCUUCACAGAUAGAUGGUCAAAGCGCAGAACAUUCUUCUUGCCAGGGACAAAGCUAGUCACGGUCCUCAAUCACACAGCAUGCAUUAAGUAAACCCAGGAUAACUUCUAGAGAUACAUAGAGGACGUUUCGAUUCAUUGAAAUACACUUCCGUGUAAGGACGGGCUCUAUUACUAAUGGCUGGCAGACAUGCAGGUUGAGGUUUUCUGCCC